CCAGACAGCAGAGAACAGACUGUAAAGAGAAUCCAGCCUGUCUGCUUACCCAACUCCUCACGCGCCACCUUCUUCCGCCCAAUCAAACCGCCACCACACCACAUGCAAGAAUGUAAACGGCCCCACUAAUGAACUCUCUCUCUAGCAAGUAAUGAAAAUCCCAAAAUCCCGCGCGUAGAACCUGUCAGAAAAUUUCUGAUUUUGUAAGGUUUUUCUAAUUGUACAUUGUUAAACGUUACAAUUAAUUACACUGUUUUUACACAUAGUAUUGCGUAUCUCCAAUUCAAAACCAUGGCCACUCAUUCACUCCAUGUUCAGAUGUCAAUCUCCACCUCACACCAAUGAUAUAAAAGUCCUUUUUGGAAGAGACUAAAGGGUCUUUCUUUCCUUACAUUUUCGAACUUUUCUUCUACUAUUUUCUUGAAUCUCCGAUGUCAGAACCUAAAAGGUACAUUACUUCAGAAGAGCUCAAAAAGCACAAGAAACCGGGGGAUCUGUGGAUUUCUAUUCAGGGUAAGGUGUACGAUGUUUCAGAAUGGGUAAAUCAUCACCCAGGUGGUGAGCAUCCACUCUUGAAUCUUGCCGGUCAGGAUGCAACUGAUGCAUUUGUCGCUUUUCAUCCGGGCACUGCCUGGCAAUAUCUUGAUAAAUUCUUUAAUGGGUUUUACUUUGAAGAUUAUUCUGUUUCUGAUGCAUCCAAGGAUUAUAGGAAGCUUGUUUAUGAGUUUUCAAAGAUGGGGCUUUUUGACAAGAAAGGUCAUACUGUUUUCUUCACUAUGUGUUUUAUAAUAAUCCUUUUCGCUGUGAGUGUUUAUGGUGUUCUUUGCUGUGAAAGCCCAUGGGUGCAUUUGAUUUCUGGUGGUUUAAUGGGGUUUCUUUGGAUCCAAAGUGGUUGGCUUGGGCAUGAUUCUGGGCAUUACCAGAUCAUGCUAACACCAGGGCUUAACAGAUUUGCUCAAGUUCUUACGGGAAAUUGCCUUGCAGGUAUCAGCAUUGAGUGGUGGAAAUGGAACCACAAUUCACACCACAUUGCUUGCAAUAGUCUUGAUUAUGAUCCCGAUCUUCAACAUUUGCCAUUUUUCGCAGUAUCGUCUAAACUUUUUAGCUCUAUCACUUCUUAUUUCUAUGAUAGGAAAUUGAAUUUUGAUUCUUUUGCCAGAUUCUUGGUUAGUAACCAGCAUUUCACAUUUUAUCCUGUCAUGUGUUUUGCUAGAAUUAACUUAUGGGCACAAUCAUUCAUUCUCUUAUUCUCUGAUAGAAAAGUUCCUAAUAGAAUUCAAGAAAUUUUUGGACUGCUUGUAUUCUGGAUUUGGUACCCUUUACUGGUUUCUUGUUUACCAAGUUGGAGUGAAAGAUUAAUGUUUGUUAUAGCCAGUUUUACGGUAUGCGGGAUUCAGCAUGUUCAGUUCUGUUUAAACCAUUUCUCAUCAAGUGUUUAUUUUGGACCCCCAAAAGGAAAUGACUGGUUUGAAAAGCAAACAAAUGGGACUCUUGGGAUUAAAUGUUCAUCUUGGAUGGAUUGGUUUCACGGUGGAUUACAAUUUCAGGUCGAACAUCAUUUGUUUCCUAGGUUACCUCGAUGCCAUCUUAGGAAAAUCUCCCCUUUUGUCAAGGAAUUGUGCAAAAAACAUGGAUUGCCUUACAAUUGUGCAUCGUUCUGGGAAGCUAAUGUUAUGACAGUAGCGACGUUGAAAAAUGCUGCGAUGCAAGCUCGGGAUUUUACAAAGCCGGUGCCGAGGAAUUUAGUUUGGGAAGCUGUCAACACUCAUGGUUGAGAUUGAAGAAUAUUGUUGAGCUUUUGCAGAACUUAUUUCAAUUGUCUCUUUAUCUUCUACUUGGACAUUGUUUCCUUAUGUUAUUUCGAGUAAAAAUGAACUAUGUUUUGUUUUAGUACUAUAAUUCAAGGCUUCAAAUUUUUUCUU